AUGGACCAUAGGGAUGAGACUUCUCAGACUCUCAGGAUCAAAUGUGCAGCAUGCUAUAAGAAGUUCAACCAAAUGGAGCUUCUAGUUGAACACAUGAGGACAUCGUGUCAUUCAGUUCAUGAACCCAUGUGUUGGAUUUGCGAAAAACACUGUCGAUCUUUUGAUUCUUUGAGACAACACCUUAUCGGGCCAUUACCAAAGGCUGAUUGUGAGAAGAUUUUUAAGAAGCGAGGAUGUGACAUUUGUUUGACGUUCCUUCCUAGCCAGAAUGCACUAAGGGCACACAAGGAAUUGUGUCAACUCUCACGCUCAAAUAAUGGUUUGCUCUAUCGCAUGGCUAGAUUGGGGUUUCAAGAGGACUUAAGGAUUGACCAUAUCCGUGGAAAAGUUGUUGCUCUUUCCUGCAAAAUAGUAGGGGGUGGCAUCGAUGGCUCUCUUGACCUUUGUGCAAGAGUUUGCCUCAUUGAUGAACAUGAAAGAAUACUCUAUGACUCCUACGUUGAACCAAAUAUUCCAAUCACUGAUUACAGGUACGAAACAUCGGGGGUAAGGCCAGAAUACAUGAGUGAUGCAGUGCCACUAAAUCAAGUAUCAAGAAAGAUUCAACAUUAUCUUUGUAAUGGGGAACCUCUUUGGCAAAUUCGUUCUACAAGUGGAAUGGCUAGGAUCCUUGUUGGUCACAAUUUGGAUCAUCAUUUGAAUUGCUUGCAACUCGAGUACCCAUCAGUAAUGAUAAGGGAUGCUGCAAAAUACCCUCCACUGAUGGAUACAAACAAGAUCAGCAACUCUCUCAAGUACUUGAGCAAAAAUUAUCUUGGGUAUGAGAUUCAAAGAGGAGUGCAAGAUCCAUAUGAUGACUGUGUUGCAACAAUGAGGCUGUACAUGAGAAUGAAAUCACAAGCUCAUAGAAGGGAGGACUAUCCACUUGUCAUUGACCCACGACAUUGUAAUAUUUUUGGGUCAUGGGGGCAAAGUGAGUUUGAGAGGAUGACGCCUUCACAGUUGCUGGAAAUCUCACGGUCUGAUUAUUACUGCUGGUGUUUGGAUUCCUACAUAAAUUGAUCUACUGGACGACAAUCGACAAUGAUAUUAGUGAUGUAGAGGCAAACUGAUUAAGAGGGAAAAACACUCUUUAUUAGACAACAUUUA